ACUCACUCCAUCCUGAAUAGUAUUACUUCUAGCCUCCGGUCUCGACUCCAGCCGUUGCUAAGAAUGUGUUGCAGAAAGAAACAACAGCAUCCAAUUGGAUAUCGGCAGUUGCAUUCGCCACAUUGGCAAGGCUGUGGAGAGCUAAAUCUGACGACUGCUUUGAGGGAGGCAACCGCUCCAGCCUCUCCUUCUGGAAGAACCAUCCAAGAUCCUACAACUUAUACCAAUCUCCGCUCCGAAAAAACCCCUAUGGCAGCUCUUCUCGCUGUCGGUCUUGGUCUUGGCGCCGAGAAGCUGGGACGAAGGAUAUCCGAUAAGAGACUUGAGCGAAAGGAAAAAAAAGCCAUCGCUCAACACGAUGCGAUAUAUGGCUCUUCUUCGUCAGCGCCACCUCGGCCAAGAACAACACGUGAAAGGCAAGACAAGAUAGCGAAGAAGCGCGAGGACGCUCAACGAGCACUCAAUGAGGCGCGGCAGGAGCGACAGCCUCUGCCAGAGUAUGAAAGCAGACGCAACAGUACCUGUGCAGGAAAGUCGAAUGAGGAGGAAGGGCCACCAAGUUACAAUGAUGUAGUGCGCCAGGAUGCAAGGCGAACUUGAUAUCGUUGACCGGGUUUCGGUAAUGGGAGCAUGUGGGUUAGUCCUUACAUGUACUGUUUUACGUACAUGUCGAUAAUAUAUAGAAUCAGAUUCACUUCU